AUGGAUCUCGAGUUAUUUGUGGACAAUAGUAUGGCUAGGGCGUCCCCCUUAAGCGACGCGCUGCAACAACCCCUGGUUGCAGUGGAAAAUGGGCAAAAGGUACCGCAGGACCCACGACUGCGGUUAAAGAAGAUAGUGGGAAACAAGACCAAAAACUGGAAAAAGAAGCUAAGAAUUAGAAUAGGUAACUGGAACAUUGGAAGUCUUACAGGCAAAGGAAGAGAGCUAGUGGAUGCAAUGCAGAGAAAGAAUAUCAAAAUAUUGUGCAUCCAAGAAACUAAAUGGAAAGGAAACAGUGCUAGAAAAAUAGGAGAAGGAUACAAAGUGUAUUAUGCUGGAGAAAGUACAAAGAAAAAUGGAGUGGGCAUUAUUCUUCAUCCAGAUGUACAGGAACAGGUUACUGAAGUUAAAAGAGUUAACGACAGGUUAAUGGGAAUGAAACUAAUCAGAGAUGGAAAAAUAUGGCAUAUUGUAUCUGCAUAUGCACCUCAGCAGGGUUGCAGAGAUGAGGAGAAAGAGGAAUUUAGAGAAAAACUUGAAGAGUAUAUAGAAAGUAUAGCACGAACAGAAUUAAUAGUAAUAGCUGGAGACAUGAAUGCACAUGUAGGAGAAAGUGGUAAUGGGUAUGAAGGAGUCCAUGGUGGAAUUGGUUUCGGAAGACGAAAUGUGGAAGGUGAGCGAUUACUGGAAAUGGCAGAAGCAGCAGAAAUUACAAUAUUGAAUACUUGGUUAAAGAAGAGACAAAUCCAUCUAAUUAUAUAUAAAAACGGUCAGAAUGAGACACAGAUUGACUACAUCCUGGUAAGAAGAGAAGACAAACGACUUGUAAUGGAUUGCAAAGUUAUACCUGGAGAACCAGUGGUGACGCAACAUAGAUUAUUAGUAGCAGAUUUUAGGAUGAAAAGUGGAAGGAAGAGAAGGAAAGAGGAAAGAAAGAAGAAGAUUAAAGUCUGGAAGCUGAAAAGUGAAAAGAAGAAUGAGUUUAGAAACAAAGUUGAAGAAACGUUCAGGGAAAGACACAGAACUGGCAGCUUACCAGAAACAGCAGCGGAGGUGUGGGAAGAUAUGAGAUAUAUUAGUAGCAAAAGCAACAGAGAUUUGUGGUAA